UGUACUUGGCUGCUUCAUCAGUAGCGUACCAAUUGGUACAAUGAAAACCAUUAUUGUUGUAGGUGAGAAGUUGGAAAGGUAGAGAGGAAAUUGAAUGUAAGUAUAUCUGUACUCAACGAUUAACUAUUGCUAACGAAAAACGAUUCUGGGUGAAGUUCGGUUAAUAGUGUUGCUUUGUCAAUAAUUUAUUAUACGUCAUAUUAUAGUAAUAAAUAGCUAUUAUGCAUUAUAUAUUUUAUUUAACAAAAUUGUACCUAUUUUGCCAUUUUUUCUUUGUAUAAUUCCAUUUAUUGGGAAUGUUCCUGGAAAAUUAAAAAUGACCUCCUUAAAAUACCAUCCCAGUUAGAUUUCCUUUCAGAAAAAUAUGUAGGUAGAAUUGAAAACCUGAGCAAAAUUGCUGGUAAAAAGGUUGUUCACAGAUAGAAAAAGAAAAAAACAUUUAACAUUAAAAUUUAAAUUUUGUGUGCCUCAAAUCGAUUCAUUUUAGACUUCUUUGUAUAACAAAUACUCCGGAGUAAGUAAAUACACUUUACAAAUUUUUCUUCCCUUUUUAACUUCAUAUAUGUAUGAAUUAUCAUUUUCAACAUUAGAAAUAACAAAAACCAAAAAAUGUAACUGCGUAAACUUUUCAACCAUUCACCCAUAAAUUGAAGACCUACUUUCAGUUCACCAAUCAUAUUGAUUAUACUUUAAUAAACUAAUAGAUACUUUUUUGUUUAAAUACCUACCAUAAACUAUCAUUUUUUUUUUUUUUAUGAAGAGGUGUAAUAAACAUAUUAUAUACUUCAGCUAUUAUAAAAAUAACAAUACAAAGUAAUAUAAACAAUUAUAAAAGAAAGCCUUCAGAGGUAAAGAAAUUAAUUAUUGAAUAUAAGAGGAACAUUGGAAGAUUGGAAAAUAUGAGGGAGCGAAAAAAGAAUAUUAUUAGAGGAAAAUAAAGAAGAGAGAAGACGGUGUUAAUUAUUAAGGGCAGGAUAAUUGAAAAGGAGAUGCAAAUAGAUAAAUUGUUUAAACUCUAAUUAUGUAAAUAUAUAUAUUUUUUUUUAAUAAAAUGAAAACAGGUUUAUAAUUGUUAUUUUUCAAAAAUUCUUUAAUUAUUUUAUGUGUGUCAUCAUUUUUUAUGCAUCUAAAUUAUAAUGUCGUCGAACACAAAAUGUUGAGAACCACUAAUUUAAAUAGGUAAUUAAAAAUGCGUUUGCCGAUGGCUACUAUAAAAACAAAGGUUGCGAUUUUUUUAAUUUCAUUUUACUCCUAUACUGAUAUUAUAUUGUAUUGGUUAGUCGCGGUCAUGCAUUAAUUAUACCAUAAUUAAUUCAUGGUCGCGGUCAUAUUUAUGGUGUGUUACUUGAGCCACUGUAUACAAAGGAGCCGACGCCGCAUGGUAGAGGAAAUUUGGCCUCGGAAUGUCAGAGCUAAAUCAUUGUAAAUUGUGAAUUUGUGAUUUGUAAUGCGUGGCGGUCUCAUUCUCUCGUGGCACGGAGUAUACAAUAUCUGUUUUAGAGACACUCUAGGAUAAAAAAAAAUCAAGUCGUGGUUUAAUCAUCCUUUUCUAUAAAUACGCUUAUGUAUUUAUUUAGUAAACAUCCUUCUAAUUGAUAAUCACGAUAUUUUAGCAUUUAAAAAUGAACCUGUGAAAAAAUAACCACAUGGUACAAAUGUUUUUCGAUAACAUUUUUAAAUCGCUAUUUAAUAAAUUAUAAUUAUGGAUUUUUAAACAAAAUUUUAAAAUGACACUUAUUGACUAUAAUUCUGUUUUUUUUUUUUUUUAAAUUAUUUACAUUUUAGGAAUUUAUAGACUUAAAUUUUAUCUUGAAUACAGAACUUUCUAACAUAAAUUAAUAUACGAUGAGUUGAUGAAAGACAAAGUUUUUGAAUAAUAUAAUGUGGAUUAUAUAUUUUAUAGUUUAUCUAUAAACAUAGGAGUAAAGUAAAUACCAAAUCAAAGUAAAUUAUUGUAUUUGUAUAAUGUAUACAGUUGUAAAUACAAUUUUUUUUAUAAACCUUCUAUCUACAACUGUGGUCUUCAAUCUUUUUGAGUCACCACCAUAGUUAUAGAUAACUAAGUAUCUAUCGCGACCUCCUUUUUUUACCAUAAUUUUUCGUGACCCAUGUUAAUUUUGUUAGCUAUUAAAAGCAAAAAAAAAGUUUAAAUUGCUUAAUGUCUUAGUAUGCCAUAUUGUAAAAGACCAUUUAUUACUGAAUGAAUUAAAGUUAACAAUUUUCUAGGUAAUUUUUAACUUGAAUGCAUGUAAUGACACAAAGAAAAUAAUUAGUGCGAUAUUUUACCCUGAUUGUUUUUAUAUAAUAUUAUAACAUACUCCAUUUCGAUUCAAUCUGUAAAUUAUUUGUUUUUGACGUUUUCAAAUUCGAUAUAGUAGAAAACUUCUUUUUGAAUAUAUAUGUAAAUUAGUAAUAUAAUCUGAUUUUUCAUUUUUAUCUUCUAUUAAUACAAAAUGGUACGGUUUGAUCGUAAAUUGUAUUUGAUGUUUUAUCAUAUACAAUAAUGCAGUAGCAUAAUAUACAGUGGUAUAUUGCACAGUACGUAAAAUGUUUUUUCUCAGAAGAAGCAAUAAGUAGCUAUACACUUUCAAAUUAAAAUUUUGUAUAAUUGUAUAAACUUAAUUCUUUUACAUUUUAAACAGAAACAUUAUCGCAAUCCAAAAUUGAGACACACAGGUUGAAAAAAAUUGAAAUGAUGACCAUUGGUGUAUAUCAUGCACAUAAAAACAAACACUUUUAUAUAAUCAUAGAACAGAAUACCAUAUCAUAAUACAGAAAUAGAAAAAUAUAUGACGCACGAUGUAAUAUGUUUUAAGUUUAACUAUGUACAUCGUGAUAAUAUGUCUAUUCCACUAUUUAAGAUAUAAUAUUUUCUGAUUACAAAAAAAAAAAACCGUUGUGAACUUCAUACCGGCCGGUAUUACAAAUACUUCCAUGAAUUUACAUUGGAUGUUUUUCAUUUAUAAUACAAUUAUUGCCUAUACUGUUUUUAUGCAUUGCAUUUCAUUAAGCAACCAUCAGACCAUCUUUCAAAACCGAGGUCACGUCUUAUGUCAUUACUCAUUUGGUUAUUAAUUUAUUACAGGUUUAUUGAAUUCAUUAGUAUUGAAUUAAUUUAAUUUUACGAAGCUUUAAAUCAUUUUAAACUUUUGUUUAAAUUUGCCUUAUAUUUAGUAAUUUAAAGACAUUCACAUUUUUCUAAAAUGGUUAGAGCAGUUUGUGUUUUAAACGGUGAAAAUGUGAAGGGCACAAUUUUCUUUUCCCAAACUGUAAGUUUAAUUUUUAGUUAAUAAAUUAUUAAAAUACAAAUUGUUAAAAUUAAAAGAAAUAAUUUUUCAAAAUUAAAUAAUUUUUUCAGAAUGAAGGAUGUCCUGUUGAAGUAACUGGUGAAGUUGCUGGUUUAUCCAAAGGUCUACACGGAUUUCAUAUUCACGAAUUUGGCGAUAACACUAAUGGUAAGUUACAGACUUUAGUCUCAUAGACCUUAUAUCAAUAGUUCUAUAUCUAUUUGUUUAAUAGUAUUAUAGAGCUAUGAUAAAUCAAGAACAUUUAAUGCUAAUAGUCAAAAUGUGUAUAUAUAACAUUUUGGCUUUACAUGUUGGACUUUAUGAGUAACUUAAAGAACCUCAUUGAUAAAUUUAAAUUAAAUAUUAUAUUUAUUGAGAACUAAUCGAGUUAUGUAUUACUUAAAAAUUAUAAUUUAUUGAUAGCAAUACUUGUAUAUAAUUUUUUUGAAAUUAAUUUCCUCUUUGUAUCUAUAUCUAUCUAAUUUUGUAUAGUAUACAAUACUGUAUUUUUCUGGAAUUAUCAAGGUUUAAAAAUUAUGUAACAGCUAACGAUAUUGGAGAUAAAAGAGCAAUCAAAAACCAUGUUUAGAUCUGAUAAGUUAGUAUAUUUUAUGCAUAAUUUCAUAAUAAUAUUUAUGAAUGAUAUAAUAUAUUUAAUUAAGUAGGUAUGUAUUUGACUAUUUUUGUUUGCUAAUUUUUCAUUUGCCAUGGCUAUAAAUCCAAUUUUUUUACCAAUAAUGAACUGAUAUUUACCACUACUAUAUGAUAAAAUAAUAACUAAAUUGCAUAGCUUCAUCACUGAUUAGAAUUUUGAUUAUUAUUAUUAUUAUUAUUUUAUUUAUAUUUUUUCAUUAUAUACAUUUAAACAUUUAAGUGAUAUUUGAGGUAUUUGCGUUUAGUUUACUCAAAGAAGUACACAUUAUGAAGGUUUAAAUCAUAAUUUAUACUUAGAUUUUUAGCUGUUACAUUCAAAUUGUGUAAUUUGUACUGCAUGUAUAUGUGUUAUAUCAAUUAACUUAACUAUUUUUUAGGAUGCAUGAGCUCUGGUCCACAUUUUAAUCCUUUUGGAAAAACUCAUGGAGCUCCUAUUGAUGAAGUAAGGCAUGUCGGUGAUUUGGGUAAUAUUGAAGCUGAUGGUUCAGGUUUAGCAAAAGUUAACAUCAAUGAUUCAAUCAUAUCUCUUACAGGAUCUCUCAACAUUAUUGGUCGUACUUUAGUGGUAGGUACUUAUAAUUUAGUACUGAUUUUAAAAAUGGCAAUUAUUUUUUAAAAUAUAUCUUAUAAAUAUUACAAAAAUAUAGAUUUUUAUACUUAAAUAACAAUUAUUGUAAUAAUACUCCAUAAUUUAAAUAUAUUCAUUAUUUUUGAAAUAUAUUAAGUACAAUUCAUUUGACAAAUGUAUGUUUACUAUGGUCAUACCUUAAAUAAAAUCUAACCAUUUAUGCAGUUUUUAAAUUAAAAAAAAAGAGAAUAAUAUUAAAUUUGACUUUCUAUAUGUAUAACCAAAAUUCAAAUAAUAAAUAUUAAUUUAAAUUAUAAUCAAAUAUUAAAACUACUACAUAACGGGUAUGAUUUUAAAGUAAAUUAAAAUUUUUGUAUAACAUAUAUAAAUUUGAAUAGUAUAAUAUAAGUAUUCUAGUUAUUAAAAAUACCUAAAAGUACUCAGUGUUAUAGUAUUUUUAUUGUUUGAACUAUACAAGAUGAACAUUUUAAUAAAUAUUAAAAUUAUAGAAUGUGAUUUAUAAUAAUAUUAUUUUAGUGUAAUAAAACCAUAACCUGGGUAUAUAUAAAUUAUUUGUUAGUUUAAACAUGGUAUAUUAUUUUUACAUACAGUUAAAAGUGACAUGCACAGGGUUAGGUUAGAGAUUAUAUUCCCCUCCCCUAUUGACUUAAAAAUACAACAAAAUAUAAGCAAUCUAAUAUCGAAACAUAAAUUUCAGCAGAUUUCCGAGGAAUAGCUUGAUGUAUUGAUUAAAAAUUGGCUUUUUUUUAGGAUCCAGCUUUUAAAUUAGGUAUAAAUUUCUAUAAUCGAGUUGGGUAAAGAUGAUUUUACUUUUUAUUUACGAUUUUUAUCUGUUACAUUCUCUCUCAAAGAAAAUUCUUGGGCACGCCAUUGGUUGUUAUAAUACUACUUUACCUUAUCUAUUGUUUUACUUAUGGAUGAUUUAGUUUUGAUAUUUUGCAUCAAAGUUAAGACUACUGAUGUUUGCUUAACUUCAAUGUUCACGAUUAUUCUUACAUACAAUUAGACAAAUUAUGAUUCCUGGAGGCUGAAUGAUUAUAUUUUGUUUGGGGCUUGAGUGUUGGGCAUUGAAUGUCACUUUAAUGUACUUAUGGCAAAGGGCAAUUAUUUCCUUCAAAUUGACAAUAUUUUCUAAAUUCAUUAAGUUUUAUUUGAACUUACUAUUUUCUCAAAAUUGAUUGUUUGACAGAAACAUAUCAGUUGUCAUCAAUGUUCACAAAAAAGUUUCCAUCCGUAGUUAUACCCCAUAAUUAUCUUGUCUUAAUAUAUAUAAUAAGUAUACUCUGUUUUAUUUCUAUUAACCUUUAAUCCCUUUUUUCCAAGUACUGUUUAUUAUUCACCAAUUACUAAACCAACAAAUCUAUAUCAUAAGCAAACAUACAUUUUUAUUGCCAAAAUCUUUUAAUAAUAAAUAAAUAAAAUAUAAACCUUAAUUUUGUAGGUGCAUGCAGAUCAAGAUGAUUUAGGCAAAGGAGGCCAUGAACUAAGUUCAACUACAGGAAACGCUGGAGCCAGAGUUGCUUGUGGAGUUAUUGGAAUUACUAAAUAGAUUACUAUUAAUGUAUUAUCUUUAAAUUGUUAUUUUUCAUAUGAAUAUCAAUAUAUGGGUUAAAUGGUAUUGGACAUUGUUUAGGGUCAUAAACUUGAUCCAUUAACACAGAAUUAAAGAAAAUAUCUACAUUAGUAUCCAUACAUUAUUAUUA